AUGGCAUACUUUACUGUUGUGUCAAAUCAUGAUAGUUAUAGAGCAACUUCUCAUGAAUUCAAAUUGGUUUUCCUUCACCGAACCACUAUUGUAGCUGUUGAUGAAGAUGUUAUCCCUAAGACUUGUUUCAACAUGUUACCUUUUUCUGAGCUGCUGAACAUGACCCAAGAUUAUGAUUUUUUAUUUGUGCGUUGUGCAUUAUUUGGGGACUAUGUUAAUCAAGUAAAUCAUUUUCUUACCUCUGGCUAUGUGGAGCAGCCUGUUGUAUUCAUUCAACUUGCAAAAGUCAAGUUCUUUAGGGGUCAAGUGGGCCUUCAAAAUGUUAUGUAUGCCACUCAAAUAUUAUUUAAUCCUGAUCUUCCUGAAGUUAUUGAAUUCAGGCAGAGUAUGGUUGAGCAAGGUGUCAAUGGUACCCAGCCACUGUUUAUUGCAAAUGAGGGUAAAGUUGUCUCCUUAGAAGAUGAUUUCAUGCGUUUAACUAGAAAAUGCACUAUUGAAGAGCUUCAAGAUAACAAUGAGGAGGGUUCUUUUAUCAUUUUUGGUACAAUCCAAGGUAUUGUUGAGGAUGGAGGUUGGUGGUAUUCUGCUUGUGUAUGUGGAAAGGGUAUCUAUCCUCAAAAUGGUGCAUAUUACUGUGAUUUUUGUUUGAAGCACAUAACUAAUGUGACUCCAAGAUUUAAAAUUAAAAUAACACUUCAAGAUCAUAGUGGAGAGGGUAUUUUCCUUCUCUUUGAUCGUGAGGUAUCUUAUUUGCUUAAGAAAUCAUGUGCUGACUUGUUUACCGAGGUUCAAAGAGAUGCAAGUCUUGUAUGUGGGGAUACUUAUCCUCUCAUAUUCCAACGGCUCAUUGGAAAGAAGCUACUGCUGAAGGAGCCUGAUUUACACAAAUUUGUUCCCUGUGGAGAAGGGGAUAUUGGUAUUAAGAAGGAGUCAUCAAAGACUUUUAUCAAAAGUGAGAAAGUUGGUGGUGAGUCUUCUGGGCUUAUUCAUGAGAAUUAUGUUGUCACUUCCAAGGGCAAGAGAAAUCCGAAUCCCCAAUUUAAAGAUACGGCUGCUGAUGUAGAUGGGUCUGGGUUCAAGAUUGCCAAGGUUAAUGGAGUUUGA